ACUAGAGGGCGGCUAGACAGGAACAUUAUUCGUCCAUUUUGUACAGUCGGUCGGUGCAUGAUUCUCUGGCAAGAAACGAUUGUGGUCUGGACGAGGGAAAAAGGAAAGACUGAGAUUGCUGAUCACUGAAACUGGACGGUGCAUGAAAAAUGAGCGGAAUCAAUGUGAAGAAGCUCAAAGUCAACGAGCUGAAAGAGGAGCUUCAGCUACGUGGCCUCGACACUCGUGGACUCAAGGCGGACCUUGUCGUGAGGUUGAAGGCGGCACUUGAUGCCGAAGCAGCGGGUGAGGUUGCCGGACCACCCGUUGCAGAAGUUGUGGAUGAGGGGGAGGAAGAACAAGAUGAAGGGGGAGAUGAGGACGAUGACUAUCCCGAAGGAGGCAACAGUCUGUCAGGGGAAGAUGAGGAGUCGUAUCGCGUGGAAGAUCUAGCACGGCUUGACCAAGAACCUGACGCGGAACAGUCUGAGGAGGAAAAUGUGAUUGAUGACCAGAGUGAAGAAGAUAGUCUGGAUGGAGGGCCGGCGUUUGGUGGAGUCCCUGCAAUGAAUUAUGGGAUUGGUGACUUCACAGAUGAUGUGAUUGAGCCUCCGACCACAAAAGCCUUCGAGUCAGAGGUGAAGCCGGAGUAUCGAGCUGAUACACCAGAACUUCAGAUGCUAGAACUGGAGGUAAAGGAACCAGUGCAUUCAGAACCUGAACCUGAAGCACGUUUGGAGGAUAAUCCUGAAGGUAAACCAGAUGAAAUCGAGACGGACGCAGACAUCAAGAUGGAGGCAGAGCACCAGCAGUCAAACAAGCCUCCUCCUCAGCUUGACCCCCAGCCUGACCCGGAAGCAGAACAGCCAGAGGAGCUCCUGGAGGCAGAAAAACCAGAGCAGGUUUCUCAGGAGGAGCAACCAGAUCUGCCUGUGAAGGAGGAGCAGAAGGAGGCCCAAAAGCCAGAGCUGGACGUGAAGAAGGAGGAGGGGGAGGAGGAGGCCAGGCAGCCAGAACCAGCCAACGAUUGGGAGGCCAUGGAUGCAGAGCAGGCAGGCCAAGCCAAAUCUGAAGAUGACAAGCAGGGCGUUAGCCGCAAGAGACCGCACGAAGAAGGCCGUGGAUACGGCUAUUAUGAGCACAGGGAGGACAGACGGGCUCGCUCUCCUCAGCCCCCAGCGGAAGAGGAGGAGGAAGAUUUCGACGACACUUUAGUGGCCAUCGAUACCUACAACUGUGAUCUCCACUUCAAGGUGUCACGCGACAGAUACAGUGGCUAUCCCCUGACCAUCGAAGGCUUCGCAUACCUGUGGUCAGGUGCGCGAGCUUCUUAUGGGGUCAACAAGGGGCGAGUCUGCUUUGAAAUGAAGAUCAAUGAGGAGAUCUCUGUGAAGCACUUGCCCAGUAGUGAGCCUGAUCCACAUGUGGUGCGGAUUGGCUGGUCCCUGGACAGCUGCAGUACACAACUGGGUGAAGAGCCUUUCUCUUAUGGAUACGGAGGAACUGGGAAAAAGUCUUUAAACUGCAAAUUUGAGGACUACGGCGAGAAGUUUGGUGAAAACGAUGUCCUGGGUUGCUAUGUGGACUUUGAAAACGGCGAAGAGGUGGAGAUGGCUUUCUCCAAAAACGGCAAGUGGCUGGACGUGGCGUUUCGUGUUUCUCGCGAGGAGCUGGCUGGGCGCGCUCUCAUCCCCCACGUCCUGGUGAAGAACUGUGCCAUCGAGUUCAACUUCGGACAGAAAGAGGAGCCUUUCUUCCCUCUCCCAGAAGGAUACACCUUCAUCCAGGAUGUGAAACUGGAGGACAGGGUCCGGGGAACCAUUGGGCCUGUCUCCAAAGCUGACUGUGAGCUGCUGAUGAUGGUAGGCCUGCCUGCAUCUGGGAAAACAACCUGGGCCGUGAAGCACGCGCUGGAGAAUCCUGAGAAGAGAUUCAACAUCCUGGGCACCAACGCCAUCAUGGAGAAAAUGAAGGUGAUGGGACUGCGUCGCCAACGAAACUAUGCAGGCCGCUGGGACAUCCUAAUCCAGCAAGCGACACAGUGUCUGAACAGACUGAUCCAGAUCGCAGCCCGCAAGAAACGCAACUACAUCCUGGACCAGACAAAUGUAUAUGGAUCAGCCCAGAGACGAAAAAUGCGUCCUUUUGAAGGUUUUCAACGCAAGGCUAUUGUAAUUUGUCCCACGGACGAGGAUAUUAAAGAGCGAACGUUAAAGCGAACUGAUGAGGAAGGGAAGGAUGUGCCCGAUCAUGCUGUUUUAGAAAUGAAAGCCAACUUUGUGCUCCCAGAAGCUGGAGAGUUUCUAGACGAGGUGACCUACGUGGAGCUGCAGCGUGAUGAGGCUGAGGUGCUGGUGAAGCAGUACAUCGAGGAGGGCCGCAAGGCCGGCCCGCCCCCAGAGAAGCGCUUUGACAACCGCCAGGGGGGCUUCAGGGGGCGUGGCGGGGGCUUCCAGCGCUUCGAUGCCCGCGGUGGUCCCACGGGGGGCAGUCGAGGGGGCUACCAGAACCGUGGUGGCCCUGGAGGAGGAAACUUCAGAGGAGGGUACAACAGAGGGGGCUACCAGCAGAAUCGCUGGGGCACUAACCAGCGUGAGGUAGGGACGGGAGCCAGAGGCGCCUACAACCGCAACCAGCAGUCUGCAGGAGGAGGAGGAGGAGGAGCAGGAGGAGGGUACAACGGCAAUCGCCAAGGCCAGUACAACAAAGCAGGCAGUGGAAGUUACAGCCAGGGACAGGCACAGUCGUACAACCAGGGAUACAAUCAAGGUAACUACAAUCAGGGCAACUACAAUCAAGGCUACAACUAUGGAAACUACAGCCAGUAUCCAGGUUACAGCCAGACCUAUAGCCAAGCUCCUGCUGCCAGUGGGCAGAGCUACAACCAGCAGCAGCAGCAGCAGCAGAGCUACAACCAGCAGUACCAGCAGUAUGCUCAGCAGUGGCAGCAGUAUUACCAGAACCAGAGCCAAUGGAAUCAAUACUACAACCAGUACGGCAACUAUGGAAACUACUCCAACCAGGGUACCCAAGGCUCUCAGGGUUCUCAAGGCUCCCAGGGAACCCAGUAGGGCCCCCCAAUGAGGCCCCCCGGCCAGGCCCCUGCCAGCUCCCCCAUGGUGCCCCAUAACAAGAUGACUCUCAUUCCCUCAGCAGCAUUCCAUGCUUGUCCUGCCUGCAUCUCUGCCUUUUUUUUCUUCCAACAUCUCCCGUCUUCCUUUCUUAUUAUAGCGGAAUAAUUUCAAGGUUUUCAUGGUUUUUUUUUUUUUUUUUUUUAAGCCUAGUUUCACACCUUACAUUUUGGGGUUUGUGAUUUACUGUUGAUGCUUUGACUAGCUUCUUAGCAUUAGGAGUUUCUCCAUGUAGUCACAUGCAGCUGUUUUCUUUUCCUGACUAUUGUUGACCCUGGUCAUGUGGAAUGAGCAACAAUGGGGUAGUUAUACGUGCACAAGUAGUGCACAAAGUUUUGUGCAGUGAAUGUUCUUAGAGCUCAGUGUAGCUGGGAUUUGCAUGUGUACAGUUCAGUUUGUUUUUAAGAGAAAAGGCUGAUCGUGUUGGGCAGUUGCAGUUUUGUUUUAAAUUUACAGUUAAUAGUUACUUUUAUUUUUAGAUCAAAGAACCAUACAUUUUUAGAGUAAUUGGUGUAAACUAAUUAUCCUCCAUAAGAUUGAUUUAAUGCUCAUCUUACCCCUAUUUAUUGAAAUUGAGGUCUUGAAGACUGAUAUUUUGAUUAUUUUUAUAUAACAUUGUACAAAGAGAUAUUGUGAUUGUCAAACAUACUCUAACAACAUUUUGUUUCACAUCAUCUUACACAUUUGUAAUUCUCAUGCUCAUCUAGUCCUUCCAAUCGUUUUUCCAAAUUUAGUGAUCAUUAGUUAGUUUGUGUGGUUGUAAACUAUUUUAUACUGUAUACCAUGUAUGUAAAACAGUAUCUGCAUGUCAUUGUGUUGAAUCAAAAAAAAUGCCCUUUUUGUAUUUGAGAAUAUAAUCUGAACACACUAAA